AUGCUCAUGCAUGCAUGAAUCACUCACUAACUGGAUCAUCUAUGGUGCUGACGUGUCAUCCCCACUGUUCCUCUUACUUCUUUCUUUCUCAACAUUCAACUAAACCUUUUCAUCUCUUUCCAAUUUCCAUAACCACUUCCUAGGGUUUCCCUGUUUCUCUCCUUAACGUAAAACUACACAAAGCCCUUUCAAUCAAAUUAACCAAUUUUAAUUUUUCAAUACAUUUCACUCGCAUUGUUUUCCUCCAAAUCCAAUUUUUCAUGGCAAAAACUAAACCUGGCAAAAAGGACCUUGAUUCUUACUCUAUCAAAGGCACCAACAAAACUGUUAGACGUGUCUGGUGAUUGUGUGUUGAUGCGACCAUCGGAUUCCGAUAAACCACCAUACGUGGCACGCGUUGAGAAGAUCGAGGCCGAUCAUCGGAACAACGUGAAAGUUCGUGUUAGGUGGUAUUAUAGACCUGAAGAAUCCAUCGGAGGGCGGAGACAGUUUCAUGGAGCCAAAGAGUUGUUUUUAUCAGACCACUAUGAUGUGCAAAGUGCCCACACAAUUGAAGGGAAAUGUACAGUGCACUCUUUCAAGAACUACACUAAGCUUGAGAAUGUUGGUGCAGAGGAUUAUUUUUGUAGGUUUGAAUAUAAGGCUGCCACCGGAGGGUUCACUCCGGACCGUGUUGCUGUGUAUUGCAAGUGUGAGAUGCCUUAUAACCCGGAUGACCUGAUGGUGCAGUGUGAGGGGUGCAAGGAUUGGUUUCAUCCUUCUUGUAUGGGCAUGACCAUCGAAGAAGCAAAAAAAUUGGAUCAGUUUCUGUGCUCUGAUUGUUCAUCGGAUGAUGAUGCCAAAAGAUCUUUGAAUGCGUUCCCAGUAUCCCCAUCUGUCGAGGCUAAGGUGGAGACAAAGCGUAGAAAAAGAUGACCAAGUGAUCAUGAUGCAUGAUGAGGAGGUACUGAUUUUGUUGCACAUUAGCUCCAGCAUUGCUAUCGUUCUCAUCUUUGUGUUGUGGAAUUGUACAGUGCAGAGAAGAUACUGUGCUUACACAAACCAGAGGCUUUUCAAAUUUACCAUGUCUCAAAGUUUGUAUGUGUGCUAGACUUUAGAGAUGACUUUUUGUUAUGUGAUGUCUUGGUGAUUAGAAUCUGUGCAUAAUAGUGCGCUUAUCUAUCUUAAGAAGUAAACCUAUGAGUCCAUGACAACACAUUAAAACUAGGGGAAACUAUGGAUUUGUUUUGACGUGCUUGUUGCUGGCAUAAUUUCUGCAAAUAAUGUUAUAAUGGCUCUGCUUAUUUUUUUGGGCUUGAAAACACUCAGCAUUCGCAGGAAGAUUCCAAGAUUAACGUUGCAGCUUACGUCAAGUGCUUUGAAAGUGGAUUAAGAUAUAGAUAUACAGCUUUGUACAUAUUUUUACUAGUAGGAACAGGCAUAAAGGUGUAAUGUAUAGAGUGAACCAACCGUUUGACAGAAUCGAUUGAUCAUAGUUUGGAAUGGUUCAGAAUGAUGAAGUGGUGGAUGACAUUCAGUUAAUUUUGUUUAGGUUUGCUUAAUCCUCUCCUCGGUUUGAAUUUGUAAUAAGCACCAACUGUUUAACGGGGUGCUGUGCUCAAGAGUUGAAGGGUAUGGUUUUGUGACUCAUGAACUUUGCACCUCAGGUGUUCUUUCAUAUGCUGUAUCUUGUGGUAAUAGAGUUUUCAUUUUCAGGGAUGUAGAGAACCCAUUUCUUGUUUGCCACACUCCGUACAGGUCACAGGGC